CACACUGCGCAGUUACGGCUCGGCAUUCCCAAACGUAGUCCUCCCCCAAGUGAUACGCAAAAUGAGAAAAAGAAAUGCUAAAAAUGGAAGGUAAGGCUGCGUGGCAAACGUGUAGGCAACUAAGGCGAUAAGAAGCUACUGAGGAUAGCAACGAAUUUCUGCGUGGGGUGAGAUCCCCAUCCUAACUGCUCAUAAAAAAGGGUGGCUUCACCAAUUUGCUGGGUUCCCGUGACACUAGGCGUAUGAAUAAAUUUUAUGCAGUGACGAUUCUGCCACGUGGUGCCCCUCUCCUGUGCGUAGAACAACUGCUUUUACCCCCAGGGGGAAUGUCAGGGAGGACCCCUCCGUGGCCUAUACAUAUUUGCUCUCCACACAAGAACAGCAUGUGUAUUGGACUCUGCACAAUUUCGCAUUGCUCAAUUUUUUCAUUUUCACCAUGCUUUCCCUUCUGUUCUAAAAAAAGGAUUCCCCGUUCGGCUAUGCAACACUUCAGAGUGUGUAGAAUGUUCGUUUCGUUUGUCUGCAUAUUGGACGUGUGGAUGAGUGGCCCCUUUUUUGGGCGUCGAACCUUCGGACGUUGCCCUUCACCGGCUAGCUUCUACACACAUGUAAGGCCAACUAGCGAAAUAGGCGAAUGAGCAAACGACGCGUCAGUCUUAAGACGAACGAGGUAUGUUCUUCCGGUUAUACUCGCUUCCAAGAAAAGCACUCCCGCACGCUUUGCAGCUUUGUAGCGAAAUUAAUUCACCCCUUCUCACUUAAAUAAAAUUAAACUUUUUUGCCACAAAUGAGAAAAAAAGGGUCCAUUCGGCAUCCAUGUGAUUGGCAAUUUUAUUUCUGCGUCAUCUGUUCAUUUGAAAUGUGCCCGUUUGCGCACUGCGACAUAUGCUUGGGUAGGAUGAAAUGGAGGGGGGACCCUACCUAUUGGCGAUUCAUAAGAGAAGCUUUGACGAAGGGGACCCAAUUGGGCACUUCUCCAGUCCUUACCGCUCCACACCCCUGCCAAGAGCAAACCCCAUUUAAACGAAAAAAAAAAAGAAAUAGCGCGUCGAACGGGUUACGAAUGUAGCAUGUUCCACCUUAGCACCUUCAGGCGGCAGCGGUAUAUGCGGCUGUCGCAGUUGCACAGUUUGAAUGGCUCCUCGCGCAGGGCCCCCUUAAAAGCCGCAUAAAAGUGAUGCCCACUUUGCCAUUCACGCGAAAUAUAUAAAUGAAAAGAUGCUUGUCGAGGCUGAAAACAGUCAUCGCAGUUCUGACCGUGACGGAGCUAGCCAGAUGUUGGCCUCCCAUCACAGGGAGUAUAAGCGCAGUAAAGGGAGGCGCAACAAAAGGGGGGCAGGCCUGCACCGAAUAUGUUAUCCCCAGCAGCGGCGUUAAGAAGCCCCCCGGAAGUUGUUUCCCCCUCCGAAGAAGACUCACCGCGAGAUGUAAGAAAAACGAAUUGUCACUACAAAGAUAUGGCCUUCAUGACGAACGCGAUCGAAGGAACUGGGGGGAGAGGAGACUCCACUUCCUAUUCAUUCGUGUAGCUGCGCGUAGAAGUGAAACGAACCAAAGUGAUCAGACAGCUCGUCCGAAUAGGCACCAUGUGAAUCGCGUCCGAGGAAGGUACCGCCCCCCCCGCUCCAUCCAAGUGUUCUCAUCUAAUCGGCAAAGUGACCUCAGCGAUGAAGACCGGGAGAUCUCCCCAGGAGAAUGCAUAAAACCGCGCCCUCCAAACGAAACGAACGAACUUGCCGAAUCGGCCGAGCAGAAGGAGGAAGCAGAAUGCGAGAGGGUUUUCCUAACCGACACCAAGUACUACAAAAGGAGCAAGUACUCCAAAGCGGGUUACAUAAAGAAAAAAACAAGAGAAGGAGAAUUCGCAAAUGGGAACCAUGGGGAUGGUUUUCAUCCGAAGGGACUGCUCCACAGUGAGUUUCCCCCCACCACGUCGAUCGAAUCUGAAGGUGAUCUCCUCACAGGUCGCAUGAGAAAAGGCGUGCAAAGUGAGCACCGCAACUUGCCAGAAUUUUUUAUUAACAGUUACUAUGCUGACCGGAAUAGGCCCAACGAGCUGGACCUCUCGAUGGGCACGGAAGAAAGAGGAGGUGCCUCGCCAGUGGGUGGAGGAGAAGGCGACAGAAAGGGGGAGAGUUACCCGGGGAGCAACCCCAGUGGUAACCCUCAUAGCAACCCAAGCGGCAACCCGAGUAGCCCCCCCAGCAGCAGGAAAACCUCCAUAAUGAACGAAUUCACGGUGAUCGGCGAAAUUGUGGGGGUGCACGGGCUGCAGGGAUGGCUCAAGGUAGUCAGCUUCACAACCUUUAACGACAUAAGGUUCAAGAAAAACACCUACAGGUAUUUAUUUAUGAAUACGUAUGCAUACCCUUUGCCAAUUAAAUUGGCAGAUGUGAAAGAAUCCCUAAAGGUAGGUUUCCUGUACGUGAAAAUUGAAGGCAUAUACUCCAGGACGGAUGCCCUUAAAUUAAAGUCCUGUCUAAUUUGCGAUGAUAAAAGGAAAUUCCCAAGCUUGAGUGAAAACCAGUACAUCUCUACUGACCUUCUAAACUUUGAUGUGUUCAUUUUGAAUGACCUUUCGAAUACCUGCAUAGGGAAGGUCCUCUCCUUUGUCUCCAAAUACGACUACAUAUGCAAGAGGUCGGCACAAAGUGUUGCAGACGAUUUGAUCAAAAUUGAGAUAAAGAGGGGCAUCUCUCUGCAGAAGGUUUUCCACAUCAUAUCUGCUGCGCAGAUGUACGGCAUGCGGUCCGCGGGGGGGGGCAGCCCCGUCAGGGUGCUCAUCAACCGGAAGGGCUUUUCCCUCACGGGUCAGGCGGGCGGCGGGCUAAGCGGCGGGCUAAGCGGCGAUCUACGCGGAGAAAGGUACCCCCCGGAGCGCUCCCCUACCCACGACUGCCGUGGCGACCGCGACCUGGAGGACGAGCCGGUGAAGGGCGACAAGAACUACUACGACUCGAUUGACCACUUCGAGGGCUCCUCCUACAAGAAGAUUUACAAGUGCGAUUUUUGCGAAGAUGUGUACGACGACCUCCGGGAGGCGACCGAACACGAAAGUUCGCACUUCCCCACGGAUGAGGAGCUGCUGUUUAACGCAUCCCAGGCGAGUGCCCCCAAGGAAAACCUGUUCGAGGUGGACAGGAGCAAGGUCUCCAAGCUGAAGCCGGUCGACUAG